AUUCAACCACAACUCCCUCAAUCCUCCUCAUCCAUGGCUUCUAUAUAACCCUUCCUCUUCCUCACUCCACAUCCUCUGUCUCUCUCUCUCCCUACCCCUCUUUCUCUCUCUAAAAUCUCCACAAAACACUGAGAAUUAAGCAAAACACACUCCAUAAGAAGCUCCACGAGCUCAAAGCUCAAAGCUAUAAUGGGUUUUCCUGUGGGCUACACAGAGCUCCUCCUCCCAAAGCUCUUCAUCCACACUCUCUCUCUUCUGGGUCUCAUCCGAAAACUCAUCUCCACCUUCUUCUCCUUACUGGGUCUCCAAGAUUUCAUCCAACCAGACAAUGCCUGGGCCGACCCUCCCGCCCCAUUCCCCGAGUUCCACUCGGCGUCUGCCGUUCUGAUCCGCGAAAUCCUGCCCGUCGUCAAGUUCUCGGACCUGGUCGACCCGCCCGAGUCGUGCGCCGUCUGUCUGUACGAGUUCGAGAGCGAGGACGAGAUACGACGCCUCACGAAUUGUCGUCACAUCUUCCACAAAGGGUGCGUGGACCGGUGGGUCGGGUACGACCAGAAGACGUGCCCGCUGUGUCGUACGCCGUUCAUAUCGGACGAUAUGCAGGGCGAUUUCAAUGAGAGGCUUUGGGCGGCUUCUGGGAUCCCCGAUUUUUACGACCAUUUUUAUCCCUACACUGAAAAUGGUUUAGAUUUGUAGCUCUAAAAACGCGAAAGAGGAACGAGAAUCGAACUCUGGUGACAUCUACAGCGACAAUUCCAUUACGAAAUUUAAUUGAGUCGAAUUCUUUUCGCGAAUGCUUGUGGUAAAUUUUUUUUACCACGAAGUUUAUGUAAUAUUGUGUAAAUAUAGGAAAUUAUUGGAUAAAGAAAAAUGGGAAAUGAAAUGAGGAUCGAGUAUAAUGCAAUGAGA